UCAGGAUACCGCACACCGGAAACCGAGGCGAGAGAGAGCGAGCAAGUGUAGCCCCGUGGGUUUCCUCGGGCCCUCGUCGCGGCUCUGGGGUUCUUAGGACCCGCUCCGGCGUCGUGAGUCCUUCAUUGUGAAGACAGCUGCAGUCACACCGAUUUUCCGUCUGCUGAGUGCAGAGCGGGCUGCUCACCCUGGAUUCCCGUCCUUCGGCUUCACCUUCACAGCUGUCCUGCUAGGACACUUCUGGACUGACACAGUGAUGGGAAGCAGUCAUAAACAGCGUCACUAAGCUCUCUGAGUAUGAUUCGAAUUGCAGCCUUAAAUGCCAGCUCCACAGUUGAAGAUGACCAUGAAGGAAGCUUUAAAAGUCAUAAAACCCAGACAAAGGAGGCCCAGGAAGCAGAGGCUUUUGCCUUAUAUCAUAAGGCCCUGGAUCUGCAGAAACAUGAUCGGUUUGAGGAAUCUGCCAAAGCCUACCAUGAACUCCUGGAGGCACGCUUGCUGCGAGAGGCAGUUUCAUCUGGCGAUGAAAAAGAGGGGUUAAAACACCCUGGACUGAUGCUGAAAUAUUCCACAUAUAAGAACCUGGCCCAGCUGGCAGCCCAACGAGAGGACCUAGAGACAGCCAUGGAAUUCUACUUGGAGGCUGUCAUGCUGGACUCCACUGAUGUUAACCUCUGGUAUAAAAUCGGACAUGUGGCCCUGAGGCUCAUCCGGGUACCCCUGGCUCGCCAUGCUUUUGAGGAAGGACUGCGGUGCAAUCCUGACCACUGGCCCUGCUUGGACAAUCUCAUCACUGUCCUGUAUACUCUCAGUGAUUACACAACAUGUCUGUAUUUCAUCUGCAAAGCCUUGGAGAAGGAUUGCCGGUACAGCAAAGGGCUUGUUCUCAAGGAGAAGAUUUUUGAGGAACAGCCUUGUCUCCGGAAGGACUCCCUCCGAAUGUUCCUUAAAUGUGAUCUGUCAGUCCACGAUGUGUCGGUGAGUGCUGCCGAGACACAGGCCAUUGUAGAUGAGGCCCUGGGGCUGCGCAAGAAGAGGCAGGCGUUGACUACGCGGGAGAAAGAGCCGGACCUUAAGCUGGUGCAGCCCAUUCCCUUCUUCACCUGGAAGUGCCUUGGAGAGAGUUUACUGACCAUGUACAACCAUCUUACUACCUGUGAGUCCCCACGGCCCAGUCUUGGCAAGAGAAUCGACCUAUCUGACUAUCAAGACAUCAACCAGCCUUUGGUGUCCUCUGUGGCAGUGGCCUCUGUCAGUGUGAUCCAACCAAGCCCCGUCAGUGCCAACACAGCUGUGACUCUGGCAGAGCCUGUGGUCUCUUAUGCUCCUGUGGCUGCAGCCAGUUUCCCGCUGCACAGUCCCAGUCUGCUGGAGACAGGUGUUCCCUCAGUUGAUGUUUCUGGGGGAGAUAAAUCCAAGAAAGGAGUAAAGCGGAAGAAGAUUUCAGAAGAGAGUGGAGAAACAGCAAAGCGGCGGUCUGCUCGGGUCCGAAACACCAAGUGCAAAAAAGAAGAGAAAGUAGACUUCCAGGAGCUUCUGAUGAAGUUCUUGCCAUCCAGAUUAAGAAAGCUGGACCCUGAGGAAGAAGAUGACUCCUUUAAUAACUACGAAGUCCAGUCAGAGGCCAAAUUGGAGAGCUUCCCAAGCAUUGGGCCCCAUAGACUGUCAUUUGACUCAGCCACGUUCAUGGAAUCUGAGAAGCAGGACGUGCAUGCUUUCCUGCUGGAGAACCUGACCAAUGGAGGCAUCCUGGAGCUGAUGAUGCGCUACUUAAAGAGCAUGGGCCACAAGUUCCUGCUGAGGUGGCCACCGGGCCUGGCAGAGGUUGUGCUCAGCAUCUACCACAGCUGGAGGAGGCACAGCACCAGCCUGCCCAACCCACUGCUGAGGGACUGCAGCAACAAGCACAUCAAGGACAUGAUGUUGAUGUCUCUCUCCUGCAUGGAGCUCCAGUUGGACCAGUGGCUACUGACCAAGGGUAGAAGCUCUGCAGUGUCUCCUCGGAACUGCCCUUCUGGCAUGGUGAAUGGCAGAUUUGGACCUGAUUUCCCGGGAACCCACUUCCUGGGAGACCUCCUGCAGUUAUCAUUUGCCUCAUCCCAGAGAGAUCUAUUUGAGGAUAGCUGGCUGGAGUUUGUGGUCCGUGUUUAUUGGUUGAAGGCUCGGUUUCUGGCACUGCAGGGAGACAUGGAGCAGGCCCUGGAGAACUAUGACAUCUGCACAGAGAUGCUUCAGAGUUCCACUGCCAUGCAGGUGGAGGCAGGGACUGAACCAAGAGACAUCAUCAUCCGCCUGCCCAACCUCCACAAUGACUCUGUUGUUUCCCUGGAGGAGAUUGAUAAGAACCUGAAGUCACUGGAGCGGUGCCAAUCCCUGGAGGAGAUUCAGCGGCUAUAUGAGGCUGGUGACUACAAGGCUGUUGUGCAUCUGCUCCGCCCCACCUUGUGCACCAGUGGGUUUGACCGGGCCAAGCAUCUGGAGUUUAUGACUUCCAUUCCUGAGAGGCCAGCUCAGCUGCUGCUGCUGCAGGACUCCUUGCUCCGGCUGAAGGACCACAGGCAAUGUUUUGAGUGUUCUGAUGUGGCUCUGAACGAGGCAGUCCAGCAGAUGGUGAAUGCAAGUGAGGCUGCAGCCAAGGAGGAGUGGGUGGCCACGGUGACCCAGUUGCUGAUGGGCAUCGAGCAGGCUCUUUUGGCAGACAGCAGUGGCAGCAUCCUGAAGGAAUCGUCUUCCACGACUGGCCUCAGCCGGCUCACCAACAACCUCAUCCAGGUCAUUGACUGCAGUAUGGCCGUGCAGGAGGAGCCCAAGGAGCCCCAUGUCUCCUCAGUGCUGCCCUGGAUCAUUCUGCACCGGAUCAUCUGGCAGGAAGAAGACACCUUCCACUCUCUGUGCCACCAGCAGCAGCUGCAGAACCCAGCAGAUGAAGUGAUGGCUGAGACGCCCAUGCUUCCCUCAUCCCUCAUGCUGCUCAACACAGCCCAUGAGUACUUGGGCAGAAGGUCCUGGUGCUGCAAUUCAGAUGGGGCUCUACUGCGAUUCUAUGUGCGAGUUCUCCAGAAGGAGCUUGCUGUGUCUACCUCAGAAGACACACAUCCCUACAAGGAGGAGCUGGAGACAGCCUUGGAGCAGUGCUUCUACUGCCUGUAUAGCUUCCCCAGCAAGAAGAGUAAGGCCAGGUACCUGGAGGAGCACUCAGCUCAGCAGGUGGACCUUAUAUGGGAGGAUGCUUUGUUCAUGUUUGAAUAUUUUAAGCCCAAGACCCUUCCUGAAUUUGACAGUUAUAAGACAAGUACUGUAUCUGCCGACUUGGCCAACCUCUUGAAGAGAAUUGCCACCAUUGUGCCCCGCACAGAAAGGCCGGCCCUGAGCCUAGACAAAGUCUCUGCCUACAUUGAGGGGACCUCGACUGAGGUGCCUUGCCUCCCAGAAGGGGCUGACCCCUCUCCUCCAGUGGUGAAUGAGCUCUACUACCUCCUGGCUGAUUACCAUUUCAAAAACAAGGAGCAGUCCAAGGCCAUCAAGUUCUACAUGCAUGACAUCUGCAUCUGCCCCAAUAGGUUCGAUUCUUGGGCAGGCAUGGCCCUGGCCCGGGCCAGCCGCAUUCAGGACAAGCUGAACUCCAAUGAACUAAAGAGUGAUGGGCCCAUCUGGAAGCAUGCCACGCCUGUCCUGAACUGUUUCCGGCGGGCCCUGGAGAUUGAUAGCUCCAACUUGUCCCUGUGGAUAGAGUAUGGCACCAUGUCCUACGCUUUGCACUCAUUUGCCUCACGCCAGCUGAAGCAGUGGAGAGCCGAACUCCCCCCUGAGCUUGUGCAACAGAUGGAGAGCCGGCGUGACAGCAUGCUAGAGACGGCCAGGCACUGUUUCACAUCAGCGGCUCACUGCGAGGGUGAAGGCGACGAGGAGGAGUGGCUCAUCCACUACAUGCUGGGCAAGGUGGCUGAGAAGCAGCAGCAGCCGCCCACUGUCUACCUUCUACACUACAGACAGGCUGGCUACUACCUGCACGAGGAGGCUGCCCGCUACCCAAAGAAGAUCCACUACCACAACCCACCUGAGCUGGCCAUGGAGGCCCUGGAGGUAUACUUCAGACUCCAUGCUUCCAUCCUGAAGCUCCUAGGGAAGGCUGAUUCUGGAGUUGGUGCUGAGGUCCUUGUCAGCUUUAUGAAGGAGGCUGCAGAAGGACCCUUUGCCAGGGGUGAGGAGAAGAAUACUCCCAAAGCUUCAGAAAAAGAGAAGGCCUGCCUGGUGGAUGAGGACUCCCACUCUUCAGCUGGGACAUUGCCGGGCCCCGGAGCCUCCCUCCCCUCCUCCUCUGGCCCAGGUCUGACAUCCCCACCUUACACAGCCACUCCGAUUGACCACGAUUACGUCAAAUGUAAAAAACCCCACCAGCAGGCGACGCCGGACGAGCGCAGCCAAGACAGUGUGGCCGUGGCCCUUUCAGACUCCAGCUCAACACAGGACUUCUUUAAUGAGCCAGCCAGCUCCCUGGAGGGCUCCCGAAAACCUUGUGUAGAGAAGAGGCUGCCUGUUCCCAGUUCCCAAGCAGCACCGACGGGUAAAGACCUUCAGGGGUCCAUGGAAGAAAGAGGAAAAACCGAAGAGUCCUUGGAGAGCAUGGACAGCAUCCGGGCCUCAGAGCAAGGCAGCCAGAAGCCUGCCGCCGAUCCCCCAGUCUCUGCUUGUGUCCCUGUCAAGCUCCCAGCAUCUGCACUUGCCCUGUGGGAUGGGAAGAAGAGAGGGGACCCCACAGGAGAGCCAGCCAUCUUCCCCCAGGGACUGCCAGCUGGUGCGGAGGAACAGCGCCAGUUCCUCACUGAGCAGUGCAUUGCCUCCUUCCGCCUGUGCCUCAGCCGCUUUCCCCAGCACUACAAGAGCCUCUACCGACUGGCUUUCCUCUACACCUAUAGCAAGACUCAUCGGAACCUCCAGUGGGCCCGCGACGUGUUGCUAGGCAGCGGUAUCCCGUGGCAACAGCUGCAGCACAUGCCGGCACAGGGGCUCUUCUGUGAGAGGAACAAGACCAAUUUCUUCAACGGCAUCUGGAGGAUCCCCGUGGAUGAGAUUGACCGGCCGGGCAGCUUCGCCUGGCACAUGAACCGCUCCAUCGUGCUGCUGCUCAAGGUGCUGGCCCAGCUCCGGGACCACAGCACCCUGCUGAAGGUGUCCUCCAUGCUGCAGCGGACCCCGGACCAGGGCAAGAAGUAUCUUCGAGAUGCUGACCGGCAGGUCCUGGCACAGCGGGCCUUCAUCCUCACCGUGAAGGUCCUGGAGGACACACUGAGUGAGCUCGCAGAGGGGUCAGAGCGCCCAGGAUCCAAGGCCUGUGGUGUCCUGGGAGCCAGGAUGACCACCGAUGUCUCCCACAAGGCCAGCCCUGAAGAUGGCCAGGAUGGCCUCCCCAACUCCAAGAAGCCCGCUCUGGCUGAUGACUCAGGGCCAGGGGCAGAGCCAGGGGGCAGAGUGGGCCCACUCAACCAUCGGCCUGUGGAUGCAGGGGACAGUACAGAACAGGGUGGGGAGCAGAAGAACAAGGAGAGCCCCCGGGCGGGACCCACAGAGCUCAUGGACACAGGUGAGGCUACCUCUCGCCGCUGGGACUUAGAGCGGGCACCAGCCCAGGCGCAAGGCCGCCCCCCUCGGGACCGCGGCCCUGAGAGCCGGCCCACCGAACUGUCCCUGGAGGAACUGAGCAUCAGUGCCCGGCAGCAGCCCAGCCUGCUUAGCCCAGCCCAGCCCCUCGCCACUGCCACCACUGCCAGAGGGGGCAGCCACCCAGAGGAGACACCCCCACGGCCCAGCCGCAAGAGGAAGCUCCUGGAGGACACAGAGUCGGGCAAGACGCUUCUGCUGGACGCCUAUCGUGUGUGGCAGCAGGGUCAGAAGGGGGUGGCCUAUGACCUAGGACGCAUUGAAAGGAUCAUGUCGGAGACCUACAUGCUCAUCAAGCAGGUGGACGAGGAGGCCGCACUGGAGCAGGCUGUGAAGUUCUGUCAGGUCCACCUUGGGGCCGCUGCCCAAAGACAGGCCACAGGGGAUACGCCUACCACCCCAAAGCACCCCAAGGACAGCCGAGAGAACUUCUUCCCUGCAGCAGUGGCCCCCGCAGCCCCCGACCCUGUGCCGCUCGACACUCUCCAACAGCCCAGUGACACCCACACCAGGCCUCGCCCUGUGCCAACUGCCACCACAGCUGUCAUCACCUGCCCUCCCUCAGCAUCAGCCUCUACCCCAGAACCACCCAAGGACCCUGAUCACCCCCAACCACACAGGCCUGAGGCCACUCCCAGCGUGGCUUCUCUGGGCCCAGAGAGAGAAGAGCUGACAGCAAGGACAGAGGGGUCCAACUUCCCACCCCAGGAGCCAGGACGCAGUGUGCAGGUGAAGAUGGCCCCUGAGGUCCCCCCAGCAGAGCUACACUGCUGGCCAGCAGAGACUGCCCCACGGACAGGCACCGACCCCACCUACAGUCAGGUCUCCAGCUCCAAGGUCCCCGGCAGUGGGGGUGCCCAGCCGCCUGAGGACCCUCCAGGCAAAUCAGAACCGGGCAGGGCCAAGUCACGCCUGCUGCCCAAUAUGCCAAAGCUGGUCAUCCCCUCGGCUGCCACCAAGUUUCCCCCUGAGAUCACCGUCACACCACCCACCCCGACUCUGCUCUCGCCCAAAGGCAGCAUCUCGGAGGAGACCAAGCAGAAGCUGAAGUCAGCCAUCCUGUCUGCCCAGUCAGCUGCCAACGUGAGAAAGGAGAGCCUGUGCCAGCCAGCCCUGGAGAUCCUGGAGACCUCGAGCCAGGAGUCCUCGCUGGAGAGUGAGACGGAUGAGGACGAUGACUACAUGGACAUCUGAGGGAUGGGGCCACCUGCCUACUUCAGCCUGGUCACUGCUGGGCCCCAGCCAAGAACCCACAUGGGACGCCCUUCCUCACUCAGCCCAUCAAUCUGCCCAGCCUCCCUCUAUGUGGCACCCUCCCUGCCCUGCCUGCCUGGGCCUGGGGCUGUGCCCACCGCAUGGGGCCCAGAGGACUCCAAGACCAGCCGCAGGAAGACUUAUGAGGUCACAGUUUGCACAGCAGGAAAAACUUUGUAACAAGCCUACAUCCAGCACAGGUGACCGUGUCCACACCUGCACACUUGGACAAGCUGGGCUCUACCUGUGUCACAGUGGAGGGUUCAUUUAGGGUUGGGCUCACCCCACCUUCCCUUUUUUGGUUUCUUUUCUAAUAAAGUGGAACAGUUGUCUUUA